CCAUUCCUUAUCACCCGCCACGAGCGAAAUCCUCCGAUUUUCAGAUACCUAUACUCAGUCCUCAUCAAUGGCCUUGGAGUCGCAACUUCACCCUACCUCGGAUGCAUACUGAUAAGCAUAUUGGCUUUGGACCGACCCAUAUCUCCCCUUCCUGUUAGCGAGCACGGAGCCCCCGGGCCUACCGACAGCAAACCCCCCUAUGAACGCUCCCUCCGGGACUAUGUCGCCUGUCUCCGUGGACGGGAGUGACUGGUCCGGCAUCAAUCAGUAUCAGAAAUCGGAUCCGCCUUUCUCCCCGACCUUCUCGACUCGCAGCGCCCUUGCCACACCUCCUACCUCCGGUGUACCCAGCGGUUCAAAUGGCGCAGGACUGACAAACGGUUCAUCGGGCACGGUCAGCGAUGCCGGGAAUCCCUCUCCCCCGAGCUCGGUGGCAGCGCGAUCGAGUGAUGGUACUUUGUCGGAUCAACGCAGCAAGCGACACAAGCGGAUGGAGGAGGUCCUAGGCCAGCACUACGUUGCCCUCAGGAGGUUCCUUCAUGCGUCCCAUCGUGAUGAUCGAGCAAGCAAGUCAAGCAAAGCCCGCGACAAGCUGCUACGACUCUCCGCCACUCAAUUUCACGAACUAAGUACCGACGUUUAUGAUGAACUGCUCCGGCGACAAGCAGCCAUGCCGGCUCCGAAUCGACCCCCUCGUCCUGAUAUUCCCCCAUUCCUGCCACCACGCAAGGAUUUCCAUGAAAAGCGCAACCAGGCGCGCCAAAAGCUUGCUUCCCUUCAGCACCAGCGUUUUCGAGAUCUCGCGACGGAUGUCUAUACCGAGUUAGAGCGACGGUUUCCUCAGUUUCCUUCUAGGGAAUCUCGUCGGUUGAGUCCGGCUCCCAGCUACCGCGGACGGCCAUCCAAUGGCUAUCCACCGAACGGAUACCCCCCGACGCCGGGAGGGCCGCGUUCGCAGUCUCGUGGCCCUCCGUCUCGAAUGGGCUAUCCCUCUGGUGGACCUCCAGCAAGUCCGAUGUAUCCCCCACGCCAAGGGUCACUUGGUGGGCCGCCGCCAGGCAUGAACGGUGAUGGUCCAAUGGCCAAAUCAUUCCAAAGUAACACUAUUGUCCCGAACAAGAGUACUAUGGUCGAGGACGAUGAUGAUGGAGCAGGUACGGAGGACGAUUAUGAUGCGCGGAGCGAUGCAUUUGCUCUAGAUGCGGUUCUGCAAAGUCGGCGGGGGACAGGGGCUACUCUAGCAGACGCCGACAGAAAGGCUUUGGCGGAAACUCAAUCCCAGGUUUCUGCUUUGCAGGAUAAGGUGAACAAGCUCGAGGAUCUGUUGAAGUCUAAGGAUGAGGAGAUAUCCAAGUACCAGGAAGAUCAGAGCAAGGUUGAGACCUUGGAGGACUUGGUCAAGUCCAAGGAUGAGGAGCUCAUUAAAUACCGAGAGAGUCAAACAACGUCAGAUGUCACUAGCAGCGAACGGCAAGAAUGGGAGGAUCUGAAGUCGGAUCUGGAGAGCAAAAUCUCCCAGGCUGAGGAUCUGAACAGCAAUCUGCAGCUGGAAUUGGACAAGGUUCGGGCCGAGCAUGAGGCCAUUGAAAAGGACCUCCGGAGCCAGUUGGAAGAAGCAUCACGCCAAAGCACUGGUGAUCCAGAGCUGCAAGCCCGUUUUGCUGAUCUUGAGAUCAAGCAUCAAAGCCUGCAGACUGAGCUGCAAGAGCAGCGGUCAGUGACAGAAGAGGUCAGACGGGAGGCAGCUGGCUUCCUGAGGGAGAUGAGGGAGUUGUCCGAGCAAAGCCAGUCUCGGUGGGAACACGAGGAGCAACUUACGACCGAGGUUCACAGAUUGGAGGAACAAGUCAAACAAUGGAAGACCCGCUAUGAGAAGGCAAAGGCGCAGGCAGGACACCUUCGCACAUCAUCUAUCGGGACAGAAAUCCGUUCCGAUGCCGCAACUCUUACGAGGGAUCGUGACAUCUUCCAUGAAAAUGGCUUGGUCAAGGAUGUUCAUGUCGCCAAGUUCCAGAUAUCUAUUGACGAAUUACUACACACUGCACGCCACGAAGAUUACCAUGUCGUGACACGCCAGAUCAAUGCUGUUGUUAUGGCGGUACGGCAUAUGCUGCAGGACGUGCAAGAAAGUCAAGAUCCUAGCGAUGGGUCAUCGGCACUGCGUUCGAAGGCUAUAAGCAAGCUUUCUACCACCGCGAACAAUCUGAUCACGGCAGCCAAGAAUUUCGUGAAGUCCAACGGGCUUUCACCUGUCUCCCUUUUGGAUGCCGCUGCUUCUCAUCUGUCGGCUGCUGUUAUUGAACUCAUACGCCUCGUCAAGAUCCGAUCCACUCCACCUGAUGAGUCCCAUGAGGACGACGACGAUGUUCAGUUUAGUCAGAUGAAGUCCCCGGACUACUUCAGCGUGGCUCCUAGUCAAAGCCGACACAGUCGCAAUGAUUCCGUCUACAGUGCCAUGAGCCCCCCGCCCGACGCUCCCCACGGAAUUUCGGUGGCAGUGCAAGACUACAGCGCGCAAGCCGAGAACCACGAACUUCAGGAGAUGAAGCUUUACGUUGAGGAUCAGACGAAUGGACUGGUUCAGUCAAUCCAAGCCCUCAUCGACAGCAUCCGAGCCGAUCGUGAUUUGACCACGAUUAGCACCCACGUCUCUGCUAUCUCUUCUGUGGUGACGAAUGUUACCUCGUCGGUUCAGCACUUUGUCAAGAGACCAGAGGCUAGCCCGGCUCUUCGACAACGCAUUGAUCCUGUCCUCGAGAUGCUGGAAUACCACAAGCACCGCCUCGUAGGCGCUGCGGCCGAGGGCGAGGCUUCUAGCAGUCCUGAGGGGCUUCGGGAAGUAACCAACAAGCUUCCACCCAUUGCGUUUGAGAUUCCCCGGGUAACCAAGGAGCUUGCUCAUCAAUUGGACCCGGCGAGCCUUGAGGAGGAGGACGAUUUCCGAUAGUCUAUCCGCCUGAGGGUCAUCAUGAUAUUGUUUCUUUCUAGGCUUCUUCAGCCCGAGAAUCGCAGUGGCGUUAUUCUCUUUUCACUUCUAUCUCUUUCUAGCAUGCUGAUUUGGCACCAUGAUACCAACCGAACUGCUGGACCUUACAAUCUCGCUUUCCUUACUUUUGCAGUUAUCACGCAUGACAACGAGCAACCAUGUGGAACGACGUGUUGU